AUGGACUUGCGUCAGCCAGUUUGGAGUGUUUGUGCAGUGUUCGGCUUGCUGCUCGUUGUUGAUUCGCGUGGGGAAAUAACGUGGGAAGUUCCUCGCUUUGACGGUUGGUACAACACUUUAGGAUGUCCUAAACGUGGAGCAGUCGGCUCACACCUUGUGCGGCUCGUGCCCGCGAACUUCCGCGAUGGCGUCUACCAAGCUGAGCACGAGUUGCCCAAUCCGAGAAGCCUGAGCCGCACUCUCAGCGCCGGGCCUUCUGGGUUGGCCUCCAUUAGAAACCACACCGUGUUAGCUUUGAUUUUUGGUUAUCAUGUUGCGUUUGAAAUCACUAACUCACGGACUCCUGGGUGCCCACCUGAAUUUAUGAACAUCCCAGUACCUAAAGGCGACCCCAUUUUUGACCCGCAUGGCACCGGUGAAGUUCUGCUGCCCUUCCAGAGAGGACCAUGGGACAAAGACACAGGCCAGAGUCCCAGCAACCCUCGUACACAGGUCAACACGGUCACAACUUGGAUUGAUGGCAGCUCCAUCUAUGGCCCAUCCACUUCCUGGUCAGACUCCCUGAGAAGCUUUUCUGAUGGACUGCUGGCCUCCGGCUUGGAGUGGAACAUGCCAAGACAAGCGAACGGACACACUUUCAUGAGGAGCGCUGCUGACCCCACAACAGGUGAUCAUGGACCUCAGGGGCUCUAUGAGUUGGGAAAUGCUUGGGCCAACGAGAAUGUGUUCACAGCAGCGGAGGGGAUCAUCUGGUUUCGUUACCACAACUAUUUGGCCUCCAAACUGCGUGAGGAACACCCACAGUGGUCAGAUGAGGAGUUGUUUCAAAAUGUCAGGAAGACAGUUGUGGCCACAUUCCAGAAUAUUGCUCUUUACGAAUGGCUGCCAGCAUACCUGGGAGACAGAACCAUUCCGCCCUACCCAGGUUAUCAGAAGUUUGUUGAUCCAGCUAUCUCCCCUGAGUUCCAGGCUGCCGCUAUGAGAUUAGGUAUCACUAUGGCUCCCCCCGGUGUUUACAUGAGAAACAGAACCUGCCAUUUCCGAAAGAUCAUCGACACUGAUGGCAGUUCAUCAUCAGCCUUGCGACUUUGUAACAGCUUUUGGAAACGUCAGGAGAUUAAUGUGAACAGAAGCCAGGAUGUGGAUGACCUCCUCAUGGGCAUGACCUCUCAGAUUGCAGAGGACGUUGACCACAUUGUUGUGGAGGACUUAAGAGACUUCAUGUAUGGACCUCUUAAAUUCACUCGCACGGACUUGGUGGCGCUGACUGUCCAGAGAGGAAGAGACUUUGGCCUUCGCAGUUACACGGAGGUCAGACAAGCACUGAGUCUGCCUCCUGUAAAGAAAUUUGAAGACAUUAAUCCUGAGCUCAACAGGACCAACCCACAAUUGCUCAGAGAAGUUGCACAAAUUUAUGAUGGCGAUAUCUCCAAACUCGAGCUCUUCCCUGGAGGACUGUUAGAGUCAACGGGGGCUCCAGGUCCAGUUUUCUCCGCUAUAAUCUUGGACCAGUUUGAACGCAUACGAAAUGGCGAUCGCUUCUGGUUUGAGAACAAACAGAACGGAUUGUUCUCAGAUGAUGACGUCCAAAAGAUCCGCAACGUGACGUUUCAUGACGUCCUUGUGGCAGUCAUCAACGCAGAGGAUUCGGACAUACAAAAGAGUGUGUUCUUCUGGAAGAGUGGUAAUCCUUGUCCUCAACCCACUCAGCUGAACGCAUCAAUGCUCCAUCCCUGCACUAAUGCCACCAAGCUCAAUUACUUUGAUGGGAGUAAAGUUGGCUUUGGGAUACUUAUUGUCAUUCUGUUCCUCUUUCCUGUUGUGAGUUACUUAGUGGCUUGUACGGUGGCGUAUCGCCGCAAGUACCGCUACACAAAGUUCCAGAAAAGAGGGAGCCCAAUUGCAAGUACAGAGACAAUAGCUUCAGGAUUCGCUGCCUAUGAGUGGCAGAACGAUAAAAAGCCUCUGCAUCCCGUCAGUGUAGAGGUCAUAGAAGAGAGGAAGUUGCAGAUAUGGGACAGAUCUGGAUCUGCUCUCCGCUGCUUGAAUCUGAACAAACAGCAUUGCCAUGAUGUGGUCCUCUCAAAUGACCGCAAUCAGAAAGCUCUACUGCUCAAAGUGCCGAAAGAAUACGACCUAGUGCUAUUUUUCGAUGACGAGAGCAGACGUGCUGCAUUCCUCAAGUGUCUGCACCCAGAGGUGACUGACGACAGGCACGGGGUUCGAUUGAGGGAGAUGAGUGAGAAGGCGCUUCUGAAGGAGGCGUUAACAGGAGAGCAAAGGGCGCAGAUUGUGGAAACAUUCAUCCGACACGCUUUCUCCAAGGUUUUGGAAAUAGAGAAGUGCGAUGCCGGGGACAUGAACGGUGUUUCCUGUAAGAAGGCCAAAGAGGUUCUGCAGUGCGAGUUGACAGCAGGAGAGUUUGCCGAUGCGCUGGGCCUCAAGCCUGACUCCUUAUUUGUGGACUCCAUGUUCACGCUGGCUGAUAAAGAUGGCAAUGGCUACCUCUCCUUCCAGGAGUUUCUUGACGUCAUUGUCAUUUUUAUGAAAGGAACCCCUGAGGAAAAGUCCAAGCUGAUGUUCUCCAUGAAUGACAUCAGCGGAAAUGGUUAUUUAUUAAAAGAAGAAUUUGCCAGGAUGCUCAGGUCCUUUAUCGAAAUCUCCAACGGUGCGUUGUCAAAGCGUCAGACGGAAGACGCCAUCAGAGCCAUGAUGCAGGCAGCGGGGUUUGAUAACAAAGACAAUAUCACAUGGGAAGACUUCCAUUUCCUCCUGCGGGACCAUGAGAGGGAGCUGCAGUUUGCCCAGCUCAGUGUUAAAGGCGUGGAGAAUCGAGGAAAGAAAUUGUUUGAUCGCGACCAGAGAGUUUCCUUUAUCUGCCCAGUGAGAAACAGUGACAAUGCAGAAGGACUGGAUAUCCGCAGACGGAAAAAGUUUUACCUAAAUACUCCCAAUGUGUAUGUGAAGCCCAAGCGCAGCCACUACAUAAGAAGCCCCAUCUGGCAGAAGAUCCAACAGUUCAAACGAUUCAUUGAGAACUACCGCCGGCAUAUUGUCUGCUUCAUUGUGGUUUACAGCAUAACCGCCGGCGUGGUGCUCGAGAGAUGUUAUUACUACAGUUUUCAAGCCAUGUCAACAGGCAUGCCUGAGACUUCAGUGGUGGGCGUGGUGGUGUCCCGUGGCUCAGCGGCCGCCAUCUCCUUUCUGUUUCCCUACAUGCUCCUCACAGUGUGUCGCAACCUCAUCACGCUGUGCAGGGAGACUUUCCUGAACCGAUACAUCCCCUUCGAUGCCGCCAUCGACCUUCAUCGCUCCAUGGCCUCGACCGCCGUCGUCCUCACAGUUGUUCACAGCCUGGGCCAUGUGGUCAACUUCUACAUCUUCUCCAUCAGUGAUCUCAACAUCCUGGCUUGUUUGUUCCCAAAGGUUUUGACUAACAAUGGGUCUGAACUUCCUCCCAAGUGGUCUUGGUGGUUCUUUCAAACUGUUCCAGGAUUCACCGGUGUGCUGCUUCUCUUCACUUUGGCAUUCAUUUAUGUUUUCGCCUCCCGCCAUUUUCGACGCAUUAGCUUCCGAGGGUUCUGGAUCACUCAUUACCUUUACAUUGUUGUGUAUGUUUUGACAAUCAUUCAUGGCAGUUUUGGCCUACUUCAAGAACCACGUUUCUACAUCUUCCUCAUCCCACCUGCACUGCUCUUCCUGCUGGACAAAUUAAUCAGUCUGAGCAGGAAGAAGGUGGAAAUUCUUGUUAUCGGAGCAGAGUUGCUGCCUUCAGGCGUGACUCAUCUGGAGUUCAAACGACCACAAGGCUUUAGGUAUCGUUCGGGCCAGUGGGUCCGCAUUGCAUGCCUGAUGUUGGGAACAGAUGAGUACCAUCCGUUCACGCUGACAUCUGCCCCUCACGAGGAGACUCUCAGCCUGCACAUCCGGGCCGUGGGGCCCUGGACCAGCCAGCUCAGAGAGCUCUACAGUGAAGAAAGUCUGAUUGAGUUUGGAGCCUAUCCAAAGCUGUACCUGGAUGGCCCAUUCGGAGAGGGACACCAGGAAUGGACUGACUUUAAGGUGUCUGUUUUGGUGGGAGGAGGCAUCGGUGUCACGCCGUUUGCCUCCAUCCUCAAAGAUCUGGUGUUCAAGUCUUCCAUCAAGUCCAAGAUUCAGUGUCAAAAGGUGUACUUCAUCUGGGUGACGCGGACGCAGCGUCAGUUUGAGUGGGUGUCAGACAUCAUCAAGGAGGUGGAGGAGAUGGACUCACUGGAGCUGGUGUCAGUUCACACUUACAUCACGCAGGUGGCCCAGAAGUUUGACCUCCGCACCACCAUGCUGUACGUGUGUGAGCGUCACUUCCAGAAGGUGUGGAGCCGCAGUCUGUUCACGGGGCUGAAGUCUGUUACCCAUUUUGGCCGGCCGCCCUUCGUGUCCUUUUUCAGUUCACUCCAGGAGGUUCAUCCGGAGGUGUCCAAGAUUGGUGUGUUCAGCUGUGGACCACCGGGACUGACCAAGAAUGUGGAGAAAGCCUGUCAGCUCAUGAACAAGAGAGACCAGGCACUGUUUAUGCACCACUAUGAGAACUUUUAA